AUGAACAACUGGCCCAUGUACAUAGUUUUAGUGGUGACCUUCGCGGUCGGCCACAUAUCAGCACAGAAUGAAGACGAAUUACACAUACCCAUGGAACCUGAUAAUCAAUUUCCACCAGACCAUUCAGAAGCAGACGGUCUCAUAGAGGGUAGUGGGGAUGGAGUGGUUGAUGCACCAGAAGAAACUACUGAUGAAGCUCAUAGACUUAGUGCACAAGUACCGACACUACUGCAUGAUGAUGAAUCAGAGGCACAGUCAAAUUCCUCGGAUCUGCCAUGUCCGAAACCUUGCGUGUGUCACACUGAAGGGGAUGCUGAAGACUUCGUAGUUGAUUGUUCAGGAUAUGGACUAACGGAAUUCCCCUCACCCAUAGAUCCAAGGACGACCACUUUAAAAUUACACAAUAACAAACUCACCGAAAUACCAAAAUCAGUUUCUCAGCUUCAGAAGUUGAAAAUUUUAAACGCCAACAAUAAUAGUAUCAUGGAAUUAGGACUUGGGUCAGUCAGUGAACUACCUGAAUUGGAGAUUCUAAAGCUGGCCAACAAUCGAUUAAUUGAAUAUCCAAAGGAUUUAAAGAAUAGUAUCUCCUUAAAUAAAUUAAAGGAACUGGACAUCGGUGGCAAUGACAUCCGAACGGUCCUCUCUCCGGAAUUAUUUUCAAAUUUCAAAAAGUUAAACAAAGUAACACUACCGGAGAGUGCUUCUGGUAUAGCAUUAGACCUGUGCACGUCUUUAAUGGGGAGCUUGGAAACUGUGUGCACAGAAUCAUGUGCAUCAAAAACAUUCGACUGUCCUAACGCUCCACCAAGUAUAGAAGAGGAUCUUCUGGACGCGACAUUGCCAGGCAUGAUUCCAUUACCAUCCGACAAAGACGAUAGCAACAGCGACCCUGGUACGGAGUCUGAUAACAGUAAGCCUGAACAAUCUUCUAUUGCUCCCCCAUUGAAAGCAGCGAGCGAUGACGACAAACCAAAUGUACAAACUACAGUAGCAACUCCAGUUACUUCACCAGAAACGAAAGAGGAAACUACUGCGAGCAGUGGAAACUUACCAGCAAAUGAAUUCUCUCUCCGAAAAGCCGUUGACAAUGCUUCAGAGGAUAAUGUAAAAGCAAAUGCUGAAAUUGAAAAACUGAACGAAGCUACUACAGCUCAGCCGGUUGUUAAGGUUGGAGCAGCCGUGGACAGUAAAAAAUCCGGUGGAGUUGAUAAAAGUGUUAUAGGCAUUAUAGUCGCUGGUAUGAUUGUGAUUGUAGCUAUUGUUUCAAUAAAGAAAAACUGGAGUUCCAUUAAGAAGAGGUUCAGUUCGACGCCGAGACCUAAUGAGAGGUCUGAUGGAAAUGCGAAUGGCACAACACCUGAGGAAGUCCCAUUACAAGAUAAAUCACCUGUUUAA